ACACACACACACACACACACACCAACACACACACACAUGCAUUCACACAGGCAUACACAAGCAUGCAUACACAUGUACACACAGGCACGCACACACAAUCACACAUGCAAACUCGCACACGCAAACAGAAACAAUUUGCAUUCAAUUGGAGUCCCGCCGAGUUUUUAAAGCAGCCUCACCCCCCACCACCUCUGCCCACACAUACACACAUGGGUACACACGCAAACACACACACGCACACGGGGCAAAGGGGGCUUUAAACCUCGCUGUCAUAAACAUCCGUUUGGUGUCUGCUCUGGGCAACGCGAGGAAGAGGAGGAAGAAGGGGGAGGAGGAGGAGGAGGAGGAGGUGUGAGGGAAGAGACGGGCAGACAGGAUUACUACGCUAAAUCCUCUUCGUGGCCCAACAAGACAACAGAGCAGGGCAACACAUCCCCCAGACAGACGACCGCGGUGGUCCCACCCCGUCCGUCGCUGUGGGUUAAUUCUGCGUCCAUCCCUGGACCCAGACGAUGCGGUCGUAGUGCGGCCUGUUUCGGCGUUCACGUCCCCCCCCCCGUUCAGAGCCAAGAUGGAGGGAGGGAAGGCCUGUCCUCAGCCGGGAGCCAGAGAGGGGGGCAGGAGCGAGAGGUUGUGUACGCGAGAGGAAUGGACGAGGAGGAGAAACCCCAGCGGGGCGGUGGCGUUAGAGGGAGCCGGCCCCGGUCGGAAGAGGUCGUCGACGUCUUCGCCGCCCCUCCCCUGCUUCUCCCACCACGACGACCGCAGCUCAGCGGCCAGUGGUCUGGACGUGGUGGACCGCCUCACCUACCUGGAGCAGAGGAUGCAGAUGCAGGAGGACGAGAUCCAGCUGCUGAAGAUGACCCUGGCCGACGUGCUGAAGAGGCUCAACGUCUCCGAGGAGCACCAGGCCUCCACCUCCUCCUCCGGCGGGCGGAGGACCCCCGGGGCCAAAGGCAGCAGGCCGGUAUCUCUGGUUCUGCCUCCCAGAAACCCCAUGGGGAACCCGCACGCCGCGUCCCUGAAGAAGAGCACCACGAUGCCCUCUAGCGGUAUGGGAAGGAACUACACCUCUUCACCAACACCCUCCAAAAGCUCUGUGAAGGAUUCGGGGUGUAAGGCUUCCAAGACACGCCCCCCUUCAGCAGCCUCUACCUGCAAGACUGCUGCUGAUAGCCCUCAAAUGUGAUAGUGUGUCUGGAACAAGGCCGUCAUAAUUUGGCUGGUGGGAGAUUUCAGAGUUUGUUUUUAUAUUUUGUUGUACCGUAGUUCCAUUAAUUCACAACACAACACACAACACACACGCACGCUCACUUUGCAAGUAUACUUUAGCUCCUCAGACUAACUGUCGUUCUGUUUGUCCGUCCGUCCAUCCAUCCCUCUGUCUGUCUGUCUACGUACAUGUCUGUCUGUCUAUAUCCACAUCUGUCCGUCUACGCACAUGUCUGUCCAUCUGUCUACAUACCAAUCGGUCCAUCUACGACCAUGUCUGUUCAUCUGUCCUUCCGUCCUUCCAU